GUGAGAUUCAACGAGCCACUUGGAGGCAACGACGGCGGAACAAGGAAGAGAAGCAGGCAGGACUACUUUCUGAAGUUAAUUAAGUUACUCUCUUUUUGUCAGCGUCCGCAGUUUUAUUCGUUGGUCUGGUUUUGUCCAAUUAUUACCAAGAAGCCCUCAGUAGACAUGACUUUACAGUGGACUGCUGUGGCCGUCUUUCUCUAUUUUGAGAUCGCCGUCAUCCUGAUCCUCUGCUUACCCUUCAUCUCAGCCAGGAGAUGGCAGACUGUUUUCAAGCUGAAGAUUUGGGAAUUUAUAGGAAGGUUUUGGAACAAAGUGUUUCUCACCAUGAUCAUAAUACUCAUUGUCCUUUUCCUUGAUGCUGUCCGUGAAGUGAGAAAGUAUUCGGCUAAAGAACUGGGCACAGAUGCCAAGCUACAACCGAAUAUGUUUGACCACCUGCACAUGAAGCUUUUCAGGGCCCAGAGGAACCUCUACAUCUCUGGCUUUGCUGUCUUUCUCUGGCUGGUUAUGAAGCGGGUGAUCACCUUAAUUAACCAGCUGGCAUUGGCGUCUGCGACUACGGCCGCUCUUCAGGUGCAGGCUGACAAAGCUAACCAGGUGGCAGAGAAGUACUUGGAGGACAACGAGCUGCUUAAAAAGACACUGAUGGAGGGUAAAGGUGAUAAGGCUACAGCAGAAGGCAUGGAACUGUUGAAGCAGGAAGUGGAUCAACUGAAAAAAGAGCUGAAGACCUCGGGUGAAGCCCUGAAGACGUCCCACUCAGAGGCUGAUGUAAUGAAGAAGCAGAUGGAGGGCCUCGCCAGGGAGUACGACAGACUGCUGAAAGAACAUCAGGAGCUCCAGAAUCUUCAUGAUAGUGGAAGUAAAAAGGACGACUAGUUACUGUAGAAGGGCUUAAAGGUUGAAGUGAACCGAGCGUGAACCGAGUUCAAUCACAAAGAGAGUCAUUCCAGCACAUGCUUUACCUUCUUUAUCACACCGUGUGUCAUAGUGUAUAUCACAAAGCCAGGAUUGGCUCCUCUGAAAAUCAGACUUUUGGCUGGUAUCACUUAAGGUUUUAAAGGAUUUCUUUAUUAGGGAAUGGCUUAAUUGGAGUGGAUAAUAUUUGACAGUUUCCUGUUUCUGCCUGGCGUAGCGUGACUAAGAGGAUUGUUUUUCACGUAUCGGGCAGAUUAAUUGGGCGAGGGAAUACAGUUAGUAAUUAACUCUGGUCUGUUCUCAGAGUACUUAUCAUGUUAAAUAUGGGAUAAAGAUGGAUGUUUCCUGAUUUGGGUCAUUUGCAAAUUGUGUGAGUGUCGAAAGGUGGAGCAAUCAAUUACCGCGGUAAAUACCUAAAAAUAUAUUUUUAUCUUAAAGGUUUGUUUCUGUUUAUGUAAAACAUAGCACGGCCACUUGCUGCACCCGCUCCGAGUUUGACAUCAGUACGUAAAUUCACUGUUUGCAUUCCUGGCUGUGCAAAUACCGUUUGCAUGUACAGUUGCACUUAGAGAAAAUCUCUUGACACGUUGUUGUUGUUGCUGUUGUAUUCCAGGCAUUGCUCCCUUUAUCCCUCAUAGUUUUAUCUACAGUAAGUAGUUUUUGUUCUUUGUUUCCUCUGUUAAUAAAAAUAAAAUCUGCUGACACAUAAGAAUAACAAAAUAUCCGUAGCGAUAGAAACUUGAAUUCAGCCACUUUGCGUCUUAUUUUUAACGGAGAUUAGACUUAAUAUGAGUCGAAGAAUGUCGUAUUUUGUGUCUGAACCAAAAAAGGUCAGGAUUUGUUCAUAUAUGCUGCACUGCGUUUAACUGGCUUAUGUUUGUGUUAGGACACGAGUGGCACUGGGAUUUACACCCCAUCUGUGUAUCAUGAAACAGGAAUGUAUGCUUUUUGUUUUCUAUCUGUCCAGACUGAGUAGCUGAUAUUCUAAUCAUCACGACAUUUCAUUGUUUCCAUGAUGUUUAAGCAAUUAUUGCGGUAAUGAAAGUUGUGUUUCUAUGCUGCUGUUGUACAUAGAAAUCAGACUUAAAAGUGCCUUUGCAGAACAUUUUCUUUAAUAAAAACAUGGUUAUUCA